AUGGACAAGCUCAAGAAAGUAUUCUCGCCCGGUCACUCCAAGGACGACGAGAUUUUGUACGGAGACUCCCAGACCAAAGCUCACGGAAGCACAACCCACCCAACAUCGCAGCAAGACUCCGCCAAGAUCGGCUCGGUGGGUGGAGCCGACAACAACAACACGGGCGGUGUGGUCAGCCAGAUCACCAAUCCUGAUGGCAACAAGUACGACGAGCAGCGAUUCGACGCCAGCCGCACUACUGGAGAUACCUCCUCGACUGUCCCAGUAACCGGCGGCAACGUGGAUCCCAACGCGAGGAUGUACACCGAGCCAGAUGCGAAGAAAGAGCACGGUGUCCUCCGACAAAUUCUCAACCCUGGCGGCGACAAGAGAGACGAUGUUGCGUACGGAAGCAAUGCUGCGGUGGUCGGAGAGGGAGCUCAUGCCGGACAAAGCAGCACCACUGGUGUUGCUGGAGCAGGUAUGCCUGUUUCUCGAGUCGUGACGGAUGAUGCUGCGAGUGCAAUGAGCGUCAAAUCGGGCGUUGAGGGUCCAUAUGCGGGAGAGGAGGCUGAUGCUGAGGUCGCAGGCUCUACGCAUGGAUCUGCUUUGCCAGUUGCCUCGACGAUGGGUGCUACUUCGACCCUGCCUGACCGAAGCGUGCCAGCAGGCACGAUCAGCGACAACCACAACGCCGCCGCUCUCGGCUCAGGCGCAGCGCUUGGUGCCGGCGCCGGUGUUGGUGCCUCGCAAUACAACCAGCCACAACCCAACGUCCUCGACCGCACUCACCCGCUCAGAGACGGGACCGGCGCUGGAGCUGAUCACAUCAACCCCGUUGGAGCACAAGGCAUCUCCAGCACCCAAACUGCAGCUCCGCUCCAGCCUAACGUCGUUUCGACCUACGGAGCCUCAAGCGGUGAGCGCGGCGUCGACAGCCAUAUCAACCCUGUCGGAGCUCCUUCCACGACUCACAUUCCCGGCGAUGGAUAUUCCGCGACUGGUCGUGACGCUUCGGCUGUUGGCGGCGUAGAUGGCGCAGGACUGACGGACAGCUCCGUCGCUCCUGUCUCGUCUGGCGUGGGCUCCCACAAUGAUGACUCCCACUUGCUCCGCAACACGGGCAUUGUCGGCGCCGCCGGUCUUGCCGGUGCGGGUGCUGGCACAGCUGCUCACUCUCAUUCCCACGACCACAGCAGACUUGGAGCUGCUCCCGCCGUCGCCGCCGGUCCUCCUUUGAGCCCAAUUGGCGGUCACUCCCAGCACUCUCACGGCGCCACCACUGGACACGACAGCCAUCUUGGCCGAGACGCUGCAGUCGUCGGAGGUGCGGGCGCUGUUGGAGCUGGAGCAUACGAUGCUACACGAGACCACAAUACUGCUGUCCCACACGACUCCGGGAUUGCCAACACCUCUUCCACCGUUGCUCCUCAAGUUCAGCAGCCGUAUGGUUCGCAGACCGCCCAUGACAGCCAUCACGGCGGAGACGCAGCUCUCGCUGGUGGAGCUGGCGCAGUCGGCGCUGGAGGAGCAUACGCUGCCACCAGGGACCAUGACACCACCGUCCCACACAACACUGGAAUUGCCAACACCUCUUCCACUGUUGCUCCUCAAGUUCAGCAGCCUCAUGGCUCGCAAACCGCUCAUGACAGCCACCUUGAUCGAGACGCUGCUCUCGUUGGUGGAGCUGGUGCAGUGGGCGCCGGAGGAGCAUACGCUGCCACCAGGGACCAUGACACCACCGUCCCACACAACACUGGAAUUGCCAACACCUCUUCCACUGUUGCUCCUCAAGUUCAGCAGCCUCAUGGCUCGCAAACCGCUCAUGACAGCCACCUUGAUCGAGACGCUGCUCUCGUUGGUGGAGCUGGUGCAGUGGGCGCCGGAGGAGCAUACGCUGCGACCAGAGAUCACAACACCGCUGCCACGGGUGCCUCGUUCGGCGGCGCCAACCCUGCAAUCGACCCUUCGCACGGAUCUGGACUGAGCCAAACUACCACGACCUACGGCGGAACUCACCCAGAGAUUGACAGCAAGCAUGGCCCAGCGACUGAGUCUCACAACACCUACGGUGGAACUGUACCAGACCAGCGCAAGCACGAGCCUGCUGCAGUCGGAGCUGGUGCCGCUGGCGUCGGCGCAGCCGGUGGAGCCGCCGCAGUCUACAGCGGCCAUGACGGUCUUCGCGAUGAUAAGCAUGAUCGUAAGCUCGAGAAGGCGCGUGAGGAGGAGGCCAAACACGGCGGCGACCACGGCGAGGAGAAGAAGCCUAGCUUGAUUCAGAAGAUCUUACACCCUGGCGGCAGCAAGGAGGACAAGCACGAUAAGCAUGACAAGCACGACAAGCACGACAAGCACGAGAAGCAUGAGAAGCAUGACAAGCACGACAAGCACGACAAACAUGACAAGCAUGACAGCCACGACAAACAUGACAAGCACGACAGCCACGAAAAGCAUGGCAGUGCACUCGCCACGCACGACCAGCAUGACAAGCAGGAACCACUUUACCGCGAAGACCUCGAGCACACUCCCGGCCUCCAGGACCGACACCAUCAUCAACAUCUAGAUUCCGAGGGCAAGCCCGUUCACGAGUCCAGCCACGGGCCCACCGAAGGCCAGCGUAGUCCAUUGACCAGCGAAAUCGGCCACGAGCACAGCGGUAGCCACCCUAAGACGGCAGUCGAUGAGAAGGGCCACACGAAGUUGCACAAGGAGCCUCCAGCGGGGCACCCCGCAGCUCAGGCUAAUACUGCUGGUGUUGCGGGUCCGGAUUGGGAGGCUGUGAAUCGCUCGGAUGCGACGUCUAGAAUUUGA